AUGAAUAGUACGUGAGCGUAGACUUGAAUCGCGGGAAAGCCUACAAUGACCAAUCGCAAAUGCACUUGCAUUCGCAGCCGUGGCAGGCUACUCCUCAGAUGACUCGGACGGCAGUGGACGUGGCGACAGCAGCCCACACCAAAACACUGCCAAGUCCAAACACACUGGGCCCGCACAGGGUACCAGACCCACUCCAGAUAUUUCUCUGGGCACUUCUACUUUCCAUGCGGCCCGAAUACCGGUAAGUUUGAGCAACAGGUAGCAUGUAUCCAGACCCCUCACUGUCUGACCCGCGGACCAGUCUCGAUGUUGUUGCAGAUCUCUUCGUUAGUCAAGGACGCCAGCACGUCCUCGAUGGGCACAAGUUCAGCUACACAAUCGCCACUCCAGCGACGCACACCUCAGCUCCUUUCGCCGCAUGGUGCCGGACAAGCAACUAGCGCUAGCACCAAAGGCACGUCUUUAGGGGUCAAGCGCGCGGGCUCGCCCGCAGCCUCAUCACCCUCACGGCAGAAGUUGAAUGCGCAUGCUUCGAGAUUGCAGGUUGGGACCUCGUCUCUCAGGCAAGAGCUUUCGCCGGAGCCCCGCACGGACUCUCCGCAGCAGACAAGCGAGACAAGUAGUGCGGGGCCAUCCCGGAUGGCUGGCGGAGUGGCAGCGGGUUCACAAGCUCUUCUCAGUCUCUUGGCGCUGCCUCCGCUUGUUGAUCGGGAUGGUGUGGAGGACCAUGAGUGGGGGCUUGGCUUACCUUCGCGAGGCGACGUGAAUCUAGCUACUCAGGUGAGAGCCGAGCACGGCAGAGUGACAUACCUGAACAACGGUACUGACGCAGUGAUCGCAAAUUGGCAUCGCUUGCAGGAAAAGCUCGCAACCUUUCACGGACUCAAAGCGCAGGGCACUCAUUUCAAUGUCUCGCUGGCCCGGAAUCGCCAACUGCGCAAUCCACAUAUAUUUGACAAGCUGGUCAAAUGGGUCGACGUUGAUGAGAGCGGGACGCGCUACCCAGACAUGGCACCCAAUACUUGGGCAGCGACAAAGCUGGAGAGGCGUGCGAUGCUUCGAGAAGGUGGAAAAGACCGGCUCGGUGAGCGAUACGCGCGCUACACUUUGGCGAGGAUACUAUCGGGGGCUUACAAGAAGCUAUUUGAAUCCACCUUCAGCCGAGAUGCAGAGGCGUCAACAGGAAGACCGCGAAGCGGCUCAAGCACUUGGGAAGGCGAGGUCGAUAGAUUUUGCGUCGAGCAGUGGAAGCCACGAGUCUCGCAGCAGUGGAGCGGAUGCAGCGGCAGCUGCGCGUGCCAAGGCAGAAGCGGUCAGAGAUAGCUUGAUCAAGAGAAGUUCCGAUCGAAGUGAGGCUUCAAGCUCGAAAUAUCAUCAGGAACGCGAUCCACGUCACAGGAUAAGGGAACGUGAAGAUGCGCGAAGACACGCCUUGGACAGAGAUAGAAAGAAGCUCUAG